AUGGCGGUCCCAUCAACACACGAACAAUCGAAGGAGAAAGUGGAAGUGCUGGCGAGAGCAUGUCAUGAUUAUAACAAAUUGGCGCAUAAACUGAGGACGACAACGAUUUUGAAUGAUUUCGAUAUUUUGUACGACAUGGGAAAGUACCAAUUGGUCGUUGAUGGACAGACGAAGCUGGAUGAAGCAAUUAAACACAACGGCAAAAAACUAGUCGUAGAGUUUUUACUUCAAAAUUGCAAGAAAAAUUCGGUGACGCAUGUGAAUUCUGGAAGUAUGAAACCAGUUCCAGAACUGGAAAUUGGCAAAUUAUCGAUUGGUCAAUCAAGCAAUGCCGGAUCACUCGCUGGAAAAUCGUACGGACUUCAGAGCACAACAAGCAGAUACUCGGAAAAAAUCCGUAGUUUUCCAGGAAGAUAUAAUCUCGGACGAAAACUUGGAGAAGGAACACUCGGAUCUGUCUACGUUGCUCUGUCGAAAAAAGGAGGAACUUAUGCAGUCAAAAUUAUUCAAAAACACGGACGACACCUUCCGCAGGAGGCUGAUAUCGAUUAUCUCAGAAUGCUGCAACACGAACGAAUCGUGAAAUAUCUGUUCAUUGUGGAACCUUCUGGAACGAAUGACAUUCAUAUUCUUAUGGAAUAUAUGCAUUCCGGAUCGUUGAAGGAACAUCUUGAAAAUUUCGGAGCGAUGUACCACGAACUAGUGAAAACUUACACGAAACAGAUUCUCGAAGGACUCGAUUUUCUUCACUCGAAUAACAUCAUCCAUCAAGAUCUAAAGCCGGCGAAUCUUCUUCUGAAAAACGACGAAUCUCAACGUCUUAUAAAAAUCGCAGACUUCGGUUCGAGUCGAUUCGCAUCGUUGAAGAAAACACGAGCCGGACAGCAGGGGCGAACUCCGAAAUAUACCGAUCCGGGAGUAUCACUUGGAAGAGAUAUCGCCGGAAGGAGAUCUGAUAUCUGGAGUCUUGGAGUCAUUGUCAUUGAAAUGUACACGAAUGUUUUUCCAUGGGAUAUUGAAGGAGAGCAUCCGAUUACUGUACCACGGAUUUUAGAUGAAAAUCCGCCAAAAAUUGUGAAAAACGAAAACGAACGAAUCGACGAGGAUCUUGUGAAAAUGGCAAGAAUGAUGCUUCUCCCAGUUGCUCAACGUCCGUACGCCGCGAAUCUUCUUGAAUUGGCAGUAUUCGAAGAUACAUCUCAAGAUGAUUCAGAUUCAGAUGACUUUUUCUAG